AUGGCAACUACAACUAUGGCUAAGCGAGCUCAAGCCAUGUGGCGAAUGAGGCUACAUUCGGCCAUUCGUACCGCCUUAGCAUGCAUAAUAAUCGGCUGCACCACCCUACUUAGCCCGCCCUCUAUUGCAAGACAUCUGGCAUUUCCCUCCUUUUCGUAUGUAACGGCCAUAAUUAUUGUGCCAGAUGCCACCCUAGGGAAAGUUUUAAGGGGCUGUUGGAGCGCGUGUUGUGCCACGCUCCAAGUCAUGCCCCUUUCUAUGCUUGGGUUAUGGAUUCAUGGCUUCGCCACUGAUGAUAUUAAUAUAUCGCCCCUCAUAGCUGCUUUGAUGGUGGCAGGGAGUGCUUUUGUGGUGGCGUUGCCGGGGAAUACGGAUUUGAUGUCUAAGCGGAUUGCUUUCGGGCAGCUGGUUGUUGUGUAUGUGGAUGCUGUUAUUCAUGGAAUUCGUGUGAAUAUAGUGAUGCACCCUCUACGAGUUGCAUCUAGUACUGCUCUUGGAGCUGUGGCUUCUGUUCUUGCUUUGUUGCUGUUCUUCCCCUGGCUAGCUUAUUUUGAGGUGAGGAAACUAUAUGGUAUGUAUGCUGAAAAUGCUUCAGAGAGAUUGAAUCUUUACAUCAAAGCCCUCCAUUCUCCAAAUGAACAAAUAGCUAUGGAGAUCCUAUCUCAAGCCAAACCAAUUUCCCUAACAGGAUCCAAGCUUCUUCAAAGUAUCAAACUCUUAGAGGGAAGUUUACGAUGGGAGAAACCUUGGCUAAGAUUCAUAGUUCCCUGUUUCACUGAUCCUGGAAAUGGUUUGCAUGACAUAGAAAGUCCAAUGAAAGGAAUGGAAAUUGCUUUAACUUCUUGUCCUUGUUUUAAAACAACAAUUAUAGAUGAAAAGCUCAUACAUGUCUCACAUCGCGUGCUACAGCUACUCGGUCUAAAACUGGAGCAAGCUCGUUGUCUUUUGCGAACACAUUCAAUGAUAGCUACAGAAACAGAAGGCGUAUUCGAGAAUGAGUUUACCAGUUUGUCCCCUGAGUCAAUUUCCCUGACAAGCCUAGAUAUACCAGCAAUUUUCUUCUUGUCUUGUAUCAAAAUGUGCAUAAAUGAUCUAAUCAUGACUAAAGGAUCCAAAGAUUCAGGAGGAAGUGAUAAAGCUAGCUCGAAACGAGUCUGCAUCAAUUGGACAAACCUAAUGAACCGCGGAAGCCUAGUAUUCGCGUGCAAGUGCUCAAUUUCGUUAGGAUUGGCUGUACUACUUGGUCUGCUAUUUAACAAACGGAAUGGAUAUUGGUCAGGGCUUACAACAGCCAUCAGCUUUGAAACAGGAAAAAUAGCAAUUUUUACGGUUGCAAAUGCUCGAGCACAAGGAACAGCUCUAGGAUCAGUCUAUGGAGUACUAGGCUGCACUGUUUUUCAAAAUUUCGCGAGAAUAAGAUUCAUAGCUAUGAUCCCUUGGAUAAUUUUCGCUUCAAUUUUAAGGCACAGUAAAAUGUACUCUACAGCAGGAGGAGAUGCAGCAGUUAUCGGAGCAUUACUGAUUCUAGGCAGAAAACGUUAUGGUCCCCCCAGUGAAUUUGCUAUUGCUAGACUCACCGAGGCCUUAAUUGGAUUAUCAUGUUUCAUCAUCAUAGAGCUUGUUAUCCAACCAACACGAGCAGCAACAAUCGCGAAAAAUCAUCUUCUUCUGUGCUUUGAAACACUUAAAAGUUGUACUAAACAAAUUGACUUGGACUCAGGGCAGAUCAAUGGCUUUAUGAAGAAGCAAAGGCAAUUGAAUUCUCAAGUAGAGAAGUUACAAAAGUUCAUAGUAGAUGCAGAGUUGGAGCCUGGUUUCUGGUUUACGCCUUUUCCUGUUUCAUGCUACCAAAACCUUCAACGAUCUCUAUCAAACGUCGUGCACUUACUGUAUUUCAUGGCCUACAGUAUAGAAUCUCUUAUACAAGCAUUAGAUAGUUGUGAUGCUGAUAGAAACAAGAUCCAGGAACACUUAAACAAAGACAGACAGAUUGUCAAUGAAGCGAUAACCUCUUCAAUGAAAUGUAUUGAGACAACUAUUUCUAUCGGAAUGUCAAGAGCUUUCCAAGAUCAACCAGAAGAUCAUAAAAUUGUUUAUGACCUCGAGGAGGGAAAGUCACAACGCGAUUAUACGGCUACUUCUACGAGCAAUAAGGAAUGGAAAGCUUCAAGUGAUUUUCUUGAGCACUCAAAAGAGGUUGUAGAUAACAUGACAUCAAUUGAAGGAAAAGAAGAGGUUAUUAGAAAGAUGAUUCUUUGUUUGUGUUCAAUAGGAUUUUGCAUGAGUUGUUUGAUGAGAGAAGUAAAAGAGUUAGAGAAAGGUAUAAAAGAAUUGGUGAAUUGGGAACAUCCAUAA